AUGCAACAUUGGAGUCUUUUGAACCAACUUGGCCUUGAUACAGUCGCCUUCUCUUCAUCCGGAACUAUCACUGCUACGAACAUAUUUACAUCGCCACUGAUAUUGGUCAAUGGCCUUUUGUUUGAUUCCUCUGCUCUUUCACGUCUUGGUGGUUUUGAAGAUGCUGUAUUUACGUUGGUGCUUGAGCAAACGGCUUGUCUCCAGCAAGAGGUGAUGCAUCAGCGUUUCACUGAUUCUGAAAGCAGUGUAGAGACUCUUUUCGCUCGGGCUGGUCUAUUAAUACCUCGGUAUAAUAGACAUUUACUUGGCCAGGCUGCCGGGGGUGCUGCCACCAUCACUCAUAUUGGGUCACAUGGGGCUGCUGAAGGCGACAUCGACCCAUUUCAGUCCGAAGCAAGAAUGGCAGGCGUUGUUUCCUCUACUGGCUUUUUAGAUCUUGGUCAUCAGCCCGGCAGCGCUUUAGAUAUGAGUUAG